GUGUGUACUUGUUUUGAAGUUUACUGGAUAAGAUAGGUCAGAGAGAAGGGUUUGAAGGUUGUUAAUUUGCAAAACACAUACUUUCUCUCUCUCACUCCGUCCUGUAGCUCUCACUGAUGAGUACAUGAGUAACACAUUUGCCAUCCAGAAGGUCUAAAGAGCUCAAGUCCUCUCUCACUUACACACUUACGCAGUUGUGGAAAUAUCAACUCUAAGAACUUGAAGAACCUGGAACAUUGCUAACCAUGGGAGUGGAAAACGCUGAGUAUUCUGAUGCUGAUUUCACCUAUGAUUAUGAGUUCAUAAGAAGAGGUGGGCUGAUCUUUGCAGCUGUUGUAUUCUGUUUGGGCAUUGCUAUCAUUUUUGGCAAAAAACUCAACUGUGGAAAGAAAGCAGCAACUAAGAUUGACGACAAUGGCGAUUUAUGACAUCUUCAUUAACCUACACUGUAUGUGGCACCUCACUAAAUUAUUUCACCAAUGAUGACCGGUUCUUGAUCACUUUUCUUCAUGAAAACAGUAACUUAUUGUAAGAAUGUAUGAGAUGUAUGUACACCAUCACCAUCACAAUAAAAUUGCCAGUUCUCACAAA